GCUUCCUGUUGAUCAAUGCAAUAGAAGAUUCCACAGAGAGCAAAACUGUUCAACACUUCAACUACCAAAAUUCGAAGAACAUAUAUAUCAUGAGGAUGCAGUUGGAAACCGGUGGUGGCCUCAAGUGUUUUCCGGCGGGCUGGAACGCGCCGGCGAAGCCGUGUGAUUCGUGUAAGACCGCCGUGGCGUUGCUGUUCUGCCGUAAGGACACCGUGUUCUUGUGUCUUGCGUGUGAUGUGAAGAUGCAUGGCGACGUAAGACACGAACGUGUGUGGAUGUGUGAGGUGUGUGAACAGGCGCCGGCGAGUGUGACGUGUAAAGCGGACGCCGCCGCGCUAUGUGUGACGUGCGACAGAGAUAUACAUUCGGCUAAUCCGCUUUCUCGCCGACAUGACCGGGUUCCGGUGGUUCCGUUUUAUGAUUGUGCUGAUAUCCUGAUGAAGUCCUCCGCCUGUAACUUCCUCGAACUUAGCUCCGGGAACGGGAAUGAUGAUAUGAACAGUUCUGUAACAAACGACGACGAUAUUAAUUGGGGAAUUCCGGCGGAUACAAUCAAUAUCGAUGUUAAAUUUCCUAGCGACGAUAGUUCUCCGGUGGAUAUCAAAUCAAUCGAAAUGUUAUUUCCGGAAUCCGAUCACCUCCUUGAUUUCGAUUUCCCUGUUCCAACGGACACAAAAUUCCACAGCCACUUCCAUAAUCAUGAUUCAGUGAACGACAGUGUAGUUCCGUUCCACGUGUCGCCGCCGGCGAAGCAUUUUCCACCGCCACCGGAAAAUCAAAAUCGAUACGAGAUUGAUUUCACCAGAUCUAAUAUCAAUUCCUUCAACAAAAACAGUUAUCUCUCUCAAUCGCUCAGCCAUAGUGUAUCUUCGUCUUCAAUCGAUGUGGGUAUCGUCCCGGAAGGAAAUUCAAUGUCCGACGUAUCUCAUCCGUUCGUUCUACACGUGAGCGGCGGUGGCGAGUUGAACGGAGCCACCACCGGUUCUCAACAAGCUACACAAUUGUCCGGGGUUGAUAGGGAGGCAAGGGUUAUGAGGUACAGAGAGAAAAGGAAGAACAGAAAAUUCGAGAAGACAAUCCGAUACGCCUCACGGAAAGCAUACGCCGAGACACGGCCGAGAAUCAAAGGCCGAUUCGCGAAGAGGACGGAAUCCACAGAUUCCGAUGUGGAUAGGUGGUUGUUCACGGCGUCGACGGGGGUUUCUGCCAAAAGUUGUUACGGUGGGGAGGUGGAGUACGGCGUCGUUCCGUCGUAUUGCCGGGAGUUUUGAUUUGAUUCGAUAGGAUCUUGAAUCUUGAUGUUGUAAUAUGUGUAUAAUUUGGCGGAAAAUCGGCUAAAAUUAGUUUUGUUUUAAUCUAAUUUACUGAGAUUCUGAAUAA